AUGGCUACCGGAGAUAACCAGGGCGGGCCUUCUCAUGCCAACGCACCCAAGAGUAACGAAACCUCAGCAAAUACAGCCUCAAUUGGUGCCAUGGGUGACCAAGCAAGUACCGACCCUAGCGAUAUCGUCUACACGCCUCCCGAAUCCAUCACUGGCAUAGCUUCCUCGCUCGGAAGUGAUAACACCUCAACAACGACACUGUCAAAUACAAACACACUCACAAACCAGAGCAUCUCUGGCGCAGCUUCAAACAUCAGCAAGCGCGAAUACAUCUACUUCCUCCCAUACCCCCUCCCACCCGGCACCGAAGUCCCCUACUCGAUCCAUCUCCCCGAGAAAAACCCACUAAAUCUCCCCUCUCACCAAUUCGAGCCUACAAAUACCCUCGUCCUAACCAGUCCCCUCCGCACCUUCGCCGACAUCCGCAUCUACAAAGCCUUCACCACAUCCACCGCACCCACCCCCAACAGCAUCGGCCAAGGCCCCCAGCAACGUCUCGAGUGGGCCUUCGCAGGUACCUCGACAUCAGUGCCCAUCCAGCCACCUGGCGCAUCCGAUGGCGGAACCCAAAAGCCACAGGAAGACGAAGAGUGGGAAAACGUAACGCAUUCUACAUGGAAGCACUGGCUCGAUUCACGCUACACCGUCGGUGAUCCCAGCAUCCCUGUGGAUGGGGGCGAUAUGUAUCCGCUGUCUGAAGAAUUGACGCUCGAAGUGGGUCAUGCGUACCACCCAGCGCUUGAAGCAGUCAAGACGCAUGAGGAGAUGUGGAGGGAUGAAGAAAUCAAGUCGACAUCUUUACCUGUGACUGGCACUGGAGGAAAGAAACUUUGUGUUGUACUCCGGUGCCACGAUGAUGCUGCGGGGGUCAGAGGCGUGAUUGUGCGUGUGGGACAGUAUGUACAGGGUAUAUUGAUGCAGGGGGAUAAGACGACGGUGGAGCGCUGGGAGUGGGCGGUGGAGAAUGAGGGGGAGGAUGAGAUGGCGAAGUGGCAGAGGACGGUGAGGAUAGGCGGUGCAUUUUUGCCCUGUGCGGUGUGUUUCCGGGAUGCGGUUCUAGCAGUGGGAGGGAAAGUGCGGUAUGGAGAGUUUGAAUGGGUG